UCAGUGCAGCAGCUGCCGGGACGAGCAGACACAGGGACCCGGUGAUCUGCUGCAUCGUCUCCUGCUCUGCCGUCAUCUUCUGAUCGGUGUUUAUUUAUUCCGCUCCUCUGAGUCUUCUCCUCCCUGAGCACCAGGGGAUGGGGGGGAUGAGGGAAUGAUCAGCACCGACUACCCUCCGCCGUGCCCGCUUCCUCCUCCUCUUCCUCCUGGUCCUCCUCCUGUCUGUCUCUGUGUCCCUUGACAAUCGUCGGAGCUCUGUCCAGGAUGUGGGCCCCGCUGCUCCGCCAGGCUGCGGUGUUUGCGGCCCUGUUGGCGCUGGGCAUGUGCCUGACAGGAUCUCAUCUGUGUCCCCGGAGUUUAGACUGUGCCCGGGCAGGACGAUACUUCUGCCAGCCGGGCAGCUCACACUGUGGCCCCUGCCUGCGCUCUUUGGUGGAGGACUCCCAUGGCCGAUGUGUGGUCAAGAAGAGACAUUCUUCUCACUCUGCUCAGAUCAUUAAAGGUAAGAUGAGCACGUACCCUGAGCUGGAUGAGGAGAUCGACUUCCUGUCUGCCAUCAUCAGUGAGCAGAGAACUGAGGCCAGGCUGCCAGCUCCGCCCUCCCAGGAUGUCUCUCAACCCAUAUCCAAGCAGCUCAGUGAGUCUGGCCACACCCACAGAGCUUCAACUGCAGCGCAGCCUACAAGCCAGAGUGUCCAAUUCACCAGAGUGGCUCCACCCACCACCACCACAAACCACACGCCUGCUUUGCUCAGCGAUCCCGUCAUCCUCCCCUACCCCUCCAACGACCGCGUCUUCAUCACAAUGAGCACCAUCUUCAUCGCGGCAGGUUCACUGGCUUUAAUCAUGGCCGGGGCCUGUUGGGUCAGAUUGCAGAAAGGUGUGCGUCUCACUCAGAAGGUGGACUUUGCUGCGUAUGGACUGAUUAGAGCCCAAAACUUUGACAGUUUGCCUGGGGACAAGAAGCUGGCUCACAGCGCUCAGAUGUACCACUACCAGCACCAGAAGCAGCAGAUGCUUUCCCUGGAGAAACACAGGGAUGAGCUCAAAGUUCCUGACUCAGGAGCAUCAACAGACGAGGAGAACGAGGACGGAGAUUUCACCGUAUAUGAGUGUCCUGGUUUGGCACCUACGGGGGAAAUGGAAGUGAAGAACCCGCUGUUUGAUGAUUCCACCCUCUACCUUCAGAAGUUCCACAAGUAAACCUGGACGUUCAACACUGCAGCACUUGUGUGUACAAAUAGUUUAAUUUACACACAUCCUCAGUCCUCAGUCCAGUCAUUUAAUGGAGAGGAUGGAGAGUAUGAGGUACAUGGAGGAGCAAGAGCAAGAGCAAGAGGAAGAGGAGCGCGUGGACAGUGAACGGACGUCACAGAAAGGUUUCUUGUUUGAAGCAGGACUGAAUCUGGGACCAAUGUCUCCCAUCCUACAGCCACACUCUCUUCUUUUUUAUGUCAUCACUCAUUUUUCCUAGUUUUGUUUACAACUGACUUCUGUCAGGUAGCAGACACAUAUUCAAUAUAAUAUCCUUUGUCGAUAGAGCAGAGUCCCAUGCACAUACAGUUUUCUGAUGCCACUAAGUUAAGUGCUUCUGUCAGUUAAUUGAUAGAUAUAUAUAUUUAUGAAUAAGUCAAUACUCCUUAAUUUAUCAAGUUCCCAUUGCAGGCUAUGGUUUGACUGAAGUAUUUUUUAAAAGAAAUGUGAUUUUAAUAUUUCAUGCAGCACCCUGAUCUCACUGUUAUGUAGCUAUUCAGUCUAGUUGCUCUAUGCAUGAAUUGAUGAUGCUGUGUAUGAAACAUGGGAGCCAAUAUGCAUUAACAGGUCUUACAAGUUUCUUGCUAACUUGAAUGAUUUCAAAGGAAUUUGAAUCUCUCUAUGUAGAACUCGGAGACUGAGCGAGGCCAUGCUGUAUUUAUGCUAUCUGACUAACGCGGCUGGUCCCCAUGGUUUUGUGAUCUGUAUUUAGCUGCUAAUGUGUACAGGAGAGAGAUCUUACCUCUCACUCUGUGUUCAUACACAUGUUCCUCUAGAUUCUCCAGUGCUGUGUCAAAUAUUGAGCUGUUUGCUUUCUUAUCAUUGACUGUGUUUGCAGGGUUCCUACACAUGUGGACAGUCUCAGAAAAGUUGUGAUGUUCAAGUUUUGAAAACAUUAUACCCAUUAUAUGUGUUGUGCAUAAUCGUUUUUAACUGAAAUGUAAUAGUUUUGUAGAUUAAAGGUGCUAUAUGUAAGUUUUUACUAUCGCUACAUAGCUAACAUUAGCAUUAGCAGCUAAUUACUUACUUAUCAGUGUAGAAGAAACGUUUGCAAAUUCAGCAUCAGACUUUAUUCCUUUAUUCACCAACAGCUGUCUCCAGAAGUGGAAAGCAAGUGCGAUUUUAAGCCUCGUUUUGCUUCUGUUUCUAUCACGUCUUUUCUUCUACUUCAGUAAGCAUGCUAAUCAGCUCGCCCUGGCCCAUCGGUGCCAAUACUACUUUGCGAUCGUGAGUCACUGUAGCAUCUAGUCUGCCCUCAGUUCAGCAUGAGAGGACAAAGAAGUAGCACUGCGAAGAGGGGCGUAUUCUACGACGGAGUAUUGGGGCCACAUUGAGGGAAAAAAUAUCGGAGAUUUCGAGAAUAAACUCGUAAUUUAAAAAAUUCAUAAUAUUUCAUAAUAUAAUGAGAAUCAAGUGGUCAUUUUAGGUUCCGUGUUGUUUUAGAGGGGAAAUAUAGGGGGUAGGGGAAGCUUUAAAAUGAGGAACGUGUAGCAUCCUGUGAAGUUAUA